AUGGAAGUUCUGCGUCCACAGCUUGUAAAGAUUGGUGGACGGGUUUAUAGGAAGAAUCCCAUCCAAGAACAGACUUAUCAACAUGAAGAAGAAGAUGAUGACUAUUACCAAGGCCUCAUGGAGUGUGCGGAAGAGCCCUGUGAAACCUAUGAGGUGGUGCAGACCCCACAAGGUUUCCGAUGUACCGUGAAGGCCCCCAGCCUCCUCUACAAGCAUAUUGUUGGAAAGAGAGGGGACACUAGAAAGAAACUAGAAGUGGAGACCAAAACUUCCAUUAGCAUUCCUAAGCCUGGACAAGAAGGAGAAAUUGUAAUCACUGGCCAGCAUCGAAGUGGUGUAAUUUCAGCCCGAACUCGGAUUGAUGUUCUUCUGCUCACUUUUAGAAGAAAACAGCCCUUCACUCACUUCCUUUCCUUUUUCCUCAAUGAAGCUGAAGUUCAGGAACGAUUUCUGAAAUUCCAGGAGGAAGUACUGGAGAAGUGUUCCAUGGAUCAUGGGGUUGAUAGCAGCAUUUUCCAGAAUCCUAAAAAGCUUCACCUAACUAUUGGGAUGUUGGUGCUUUUGAGUGAGCAAGAGAUCCAGCAGACAUGUGAGAUGCUACAGCAGUGUAAAGAGGAAUUCAUUGAUGACAUUUCAGGGGGCAAACCCCUGGAAGUAGAGAUGGCAGGGAUAGAAUACAUGAAUGAUGAUCCUGGCAUGGUGGAUGUUCUUUAUGCCAAAGUCCAUAUGAAAGAUGGCUCCAACAGGCUGCAGGAAUUGGUUGAUCGAGUACUGGAACGUUUUCAGGCAUCUGGACUAAUAGUGAAAGAGUGGAAUAGUGUGAAACUCCAUGCUACAGUCAUGAAUACUCUGUUCAGGAAAGACCCCAAUGCUGAAGGCAGGUACAACCUCUACACAGCGGAUGGCAAAUAUAUCUUCAAAGAAAGAGAAUCAUUUGAUGGCCGAAACAUUUUAAAGCUAUUUGAGAACUUCUACUUUGGUACCCUAAAGCUCAAUUCAAUUCACAUCUCUCAGAGGUUCACAGUAGACAGCUUUGGAAACUAUGCCUCCUGUGGACAAAUUGACUUCUCCUGA